ACAUUUACAACCACGAACAACACUCGUUCCACAAACACACAUACACACUCUCUACUACCAAAGCACACCCUCUCCGAGAAGCCAAAAAAACAAAAUGUCCAUCACAACCGCCACAGCCACCACCUCCGCCAGCACAUGCACCUCCACAGGCAACCUAUACGUCCUCCCCGUGCAAGACGCAGCAUGCGCGCUCCCCAACACCAACAACGCGAGCGCCAUCAUGGACAAAUGCUGUUCGCCCGCCAGCCCAACCAAAUACGACAACGACUGCGGAAUCUACUGUCUGGCCCAAGGGCAGGACGUCAAGGAGCUUCUCUCCUGCAUUCAGUCCAACGGGGCGGUCGAGGACCCCUUCUGCUCCGGUAACUUGACUGCGACGGCGACGGCGAGCGUGACGGGAACGAAGGCUACGGGGUCUUCUACGAAGACGGGGACGAGUACGGGCAGUGCGGCGAGUGAGACGGGGUCGUCUGCGGCUGUGCCUAUGAAGCAGGUUGGGGUUAGUAAGGUUGGACUGGGCAUGUUGGGGAUGGUGCUGUGUGGGGCUGUUUUGGGGGGUUUUUAAUUCAUGGAUUUGUUGAUUGAUGGGUAUGGAUAUGAUGGUGGGAAUUGGUGAUUGAUGCAGGCUUUCGGGUUGAAUGUAUUCUAUUUU